ACAUACAUUGAAUAACUCAAGGGACAACAUUUCUCUUUUCGAUUUGUGCGUAUUCUGCACCACACACAUAACACGCACUCCUACAUAUCCCUUUUCCUCUCCAACCGACGCGCUCUCUCUCUCCUCUGCCAUUCUUCUCUCUCUGGGAAGCUUGCCGCCGGCGGGUCAUAUAAUCUUGCCGAGAUAUCUGCCGGAUCUCUGCCACUCGUUGUUUUCUGGGACCCAUUUUCAUUUCUCCGGCGAAAAACCUUUUUCUGGGACUGGGAUCGAUCUUGAUCGAUCCCCAUUUUUGUGUUGCUCGUGGGUAAUGUGCCUGUAAUAUAACCGGCUUUAUUGGGUUUCCAUUCUGGGAAAGAAUCUUGGCUUGUACCAGUCAAUUUUCUUGUAUAUUUCUACGUUUAGAUUUGCAAUUUUGUUUCUGUUCCUAGCCGUUGCGCGUUUCUGUUAAUCCCUCAACAUAUCCAUUUAGAGAGAUCAAAUUUUGGGAUCACAUCAUCACUCCAGGGCGACGUCGUCCGAGCAGUCUGCUGUAGGUGAGGGAGUUUAUGGGUUUGUGGGCAUGUGCAAAAUAAAGGGUUGUGAAGAGACUAAUAGGAGGAGAAGGUGGGGAAUAAUGGGGCUGAAAACAGCGGCAUUUGCGGGGGACAGAUUGGAGAAGCUAAGGAAUAGUGGGAUGGUUUCGCGGUCAAGAAUGAAGCUUUGGAUGAUUAGGGCUACUACGUCGGUUUUGCUGUGGACUUGCUUAGUUCAGUUGACGGCAUUGAGUGAAACUUGGGGUCCUCGGGUGUUGAAGGGUUGGCCCUCUUGCUUUUCUCAGGAAUCCGCCGCUUCUGCCGCCGUUGCCUUGGAUGUUCAUUCGUCCCCUGAACUCCCAGCUAGAGUUCUUCCACCCAAGAGGGUGUACAAGAACAAUGGUUACCUGAUGGUUUCGUGCAAUGGAGGGCUUAAUCAAAUGCGGGCUGCGAUAUGUGACAUGGUUGCAAUUGCCAGAUACCUAAAUGUUACGUUGGUAGUUCCUGAACUUGACAAGACGUCUUUUUGGAAUGAUCCUAGUGAGUUCCAAGACAUAUUUGAUGUUGAUCAUUUUAUUACGUCCUUAAGAGAUGAAGUCCGGAUACUGAAGGAGUUACCUCCAAGGGUCAAGAGGAGGGUAGAGAUGGGGAUGUUCUACACAAUGCCGCCUGUUAGUUGGUCGGAUAUCUCUUACUAUCACAAUCAAAUUCUUCCUCUGAUUCAGAAAUAUAAAGUUGUCCAUUUGAACAGAACAGAUGCUCGGCUUGCCAAUAAUGAUCAGCCAAUGGAGCUUCAGAGGCUCCGUUGCCGAGUAAACUUUAGUGCUCUAAAAUUUACUCCUCAGAUUGAAGAAUUGGGUAGGAAGGUUAUUAAAAUAUUAAGGCAAAAUGGGCCUUUCAUAGUACUCCAUCUGAGAUAUGAAAUGGACAUGUUGGCUUUUUCUGGCUGCACUCAGGGCUGCAAUACAGAGGAGGUGGAAGAAUUAACAAGAAUGAGAUAUGCCUACCCGUGGUGGAAAGAGAAGAUCAUUGAUUCUGAUAUGAAAAGGAAAGAAGGUCUAUGUCCUUUAACACCUGAGGAAACUGCACUCACAUUGCGGGCACUGGACAUUGAUCCCAAUAUCCAGAUUUACAUAGCUGCUGGAGAAAUAUAUGGUGGAGAAAGAAGACUGUCCAGUCUUACAUCAUUUUAUCCAAAUUUGGUAAGGAAGGAGACGUUGCUGGAGCCUUCUGAUCUUCGGUUCUUCCAAAAUCACUCAUCUCAGAUGGCAGCUCUGGAUUAUCUCGUUUCACUGGAGAGUGAUAUCUUUGUUCCCACAUAUGAUGGAAACAUGGCUAAAGUUGUUGAAGGACACCGCAGAUAUCUUGGGUACAAGAAAACAAUUUUACUGGACAGAAGGAUGCUAGUUGAUUUAAUAGACAAGUACAAUUUUGGGUCUCUGACUUGGGAUGAGUUCUCUGCUGCUGUUAAAGACGCCCAUGCUUUACGCAUGGGGAAUCCGUCCAAACGGCUGGUGAUUCCAGACAGACCUAAAGAAGAGGAUUACUUUUACGCAAACCCCUGGGAGUGUUUGCAGCCACUAAACGAAGACGAACGACUACUACUAGAUAGCAUUUGAACCUUACCCGUUGAGUAUUUGGCUAGAGAUCCAUGCAUUUCUGUGAUGGAUAUAGACUCAGUAUUCCUCAAGACGGCCACAGUGAAAAGGUGGAUUUUGUUUUCAGGAGGUGCAACUUGAACAAAGUCGAAAGAGGUAUGGAGAAAAGCAGCUGUAUUAAUUGUUCUUUUUAUCUCGAGUUAAUAAUUCAAUUAAUGUAUAGAAUCUACCCUGCCGUUUUAAGGGUUUAUAUAGACCUGUCCGCGCGCUGUACACAUAGAGAUACAAAUAUAGAUUUCUUUUUACUGCAACUAUCGAUUUGCAGUAGCUUAAGCUUUCACUCAUCACUUUUGCCUUAUCUUUCUGUUCUAUCAUUACCAUUUUUGAAGGGGGAUUGA